ACGCGGCGGGCCUCGGGACUCCGCGGCCCCGCAGACGGCGGCGGGCUGGACCCCCGUGAGCGGAGACGUCCACGGUUGUACGGAAACCCCGGAGAGCACGGUGCCUCCCGGUGACCGGGAGCGUUCUCUCCAAUGCGAGCGCACGGACCGGAGUGAGCAGUGCAUUUCUGUCGCUGGUUACAAACCGGGAAAGAAGCGGCAACGGGUUCGGGCCGCCGAGCGGAAGGUGGACGCUUGCGAAGACCUAAACAUGUCCAGCUGUGAACCGCCGGGCUCCGGGGGGCCUGCACCUGAGCGCCUCGGGGGACCCCGGGCCAGCGGCCCCCAGGCCCUGGGGAGAGACUCUGGGGGAAGGUGGAGCCAGAAAUACCAGCUUCAGAGCAAACACCUGGAGAGCAGCCACAGUGAACAGCAAGACCGAAACAGAGUCUCUGAAGAACUGAUCAUGGUUGUCCAAGAAAUGAAAAAAUACCUGCCGUCGGAGAGACACAAUAAACCGAGCACCCUGGAUGCCCUCCACUAUGCCCUCCGCUGUGUGCACAGCGUUCAAGCAAGCAGUGCGUUUUUCCAGACUCUCAGUCAAAAUGGAGCACCUCAAGCAGAUGUGACCAUGUACGGCCUUGAGGAGCUGGCCUCCAUGGCUUCAGAGCACACUUCCAAAAACACAGACACCUUCGCGGCCGUGUUCUCGCUGGUGUCGGGGCGGGUGGUGCACGUCUCGGAGCAGGCGCCGUCCGUCCUGGGCUGGCGGCGGGAGUCUUGGGAGGCCUCUCCCUUCGCCGAACUGCUCGCCCCGCAAGAUGUGCGGGCGUUCUACACACACACUGCCCACGCUCAGCUUCCCGCCUGGAGCAGCUGGACCCAAAGAGCAGCGUCGGAGUGCGACCUUGCUCCCGUGAAGUCCUUUUUCUGCAGGAUCCGCGGAGGCGGCGGGCGAGGGCAGCGUCACGCCCCGUUCCGGGUGAUUCCCUAUUUGAUUCACGUGCGGCGCUCCGCGAGGCCACAGUCGGAGCCGGAGCCGGAGCCGGAGCCCUGCUGCCUCAUGCUGGCCGAGAAGAUGCACUCUGGCUACGAAGCUCCUCGGAUCCCGGUGGACAAAAGAAUUUUCACCACAACACACACUCCAGGGUGUGUUUUUCUUGAAAUAGAUGAGCGGGCCGUGCCUUUGCUGGGGUACCUGCCGCAGGACCUGGUCGGCACGUCCAUCCUCACGCACCUGCACCCAGAAGACCGCGCUCUGAUGGUCGCCGUCCACCAGAAAGUGCUGCGGUUCGCGGGCCACGGCCCCUUUGAGCACCGCCCCGUCCGCUUCUGCACCCACAACGGCCACUACGUCACCCUGGACUCCAGCUGGUCCGGCUUCGUGGACCCGUGGAGCCGGAAGGUGGCCUUCGUCAUGGGCCGGCACAAAGUGCGGACGAGUCCACUGAACGAGGAUGUUUUUGCUGCCAGAAUAAACAAGAUGGACAAUAAUGACAAAGACGUAACAGAAUUACAGGAACAAAUUCACAAACUUCUGUCACAGCCGGUCCAUGGGGGUGCCUCCAGUGGCUACGGCAGCCUGGGGAGCAGCGGGUCGCAGGAGCAGCAGGUCAGCGUGGCCUCCUCGGGCGAGUCCAGCGGGCCGGGGGCGGAGGACGCCCAGAAGGAGCCGCUGACUUUGCAGCAGGUCUGUGCCAGUGUAAACAGAAUUAAAACCCUGGGGCAGCAGCUGUACAUCGAGUCAAUGACCACAUCACCCAGCAAGCCGGCGGUGGGGACGCUCGCAGGACGGCCCAGUGGUGAGCAGAAGGCCUCUUCUUCCGUGCAGGCCUUGAGAAAUAGCAGCGUGCACGCCGAGUCUUGUCAGGGUUUGAGGAAAGAUCAGCGUAGCCAAUCCUACCAGCAGAUCAGCUGCAUCGACAGUGUUAUCAGAUACCUGCAGAGCUGCAGCAUUCCAGCUUUGAAGAGAAAGUGUAUCUCCGGCACGAAUACGCCUUCGUCCUCAGAAGACGGACAGACCCACAAGGCCGACGAUGCCCACGCCUGGCCAGCCGCGUCUCGGAUCCCAUCCAUCCCUGCACCAGAAGUGCCAGCUCACCGACCGGCCGCCGGUGCCAAGGGCGGAGCUGCGCGGACCUUGGCCAGGGCGCCGAGCCUGGGCUCCGGCAUCAGCCAGGGCAGCUACAGCAGCACCAUGGCCCACGCCCCGCCCCCGGAGCCAGCAGAACCGACUCCCGCCGCCGAGGACGCCGCCCCCGCCUGCGAGCCCUGGGCGCCCGGCCCCCAGCCGGCCCCGCUUGCCCCGCUGGCCGCAGAGGCGUUCCCGCGCGUGGGGCUCACCAAGGCCGUGCUGUGGGCGCACACGCACAGGGCGGAGCAGGACUACGUGGACAGGUUCCGGGAGAAGGUGCUGGCCUCGCCCUACAGCUCCUGCCUGCAGCACGGAGGCGGAGGCAGCGCCGCGUGCGCAGGUGGUCAAGGCGCAUCCUCUCCCGGGCGGGCCAGGUCUCCUGGGGGCAAGAAGGGGAAGCACAGGCGGAAGAAGCUGCCGGAGCCCCCGGGCGGCCAGUGUGCGGAGGACGCCUGCUGCCCCCCCUUCAGAGCGGACGUCCAGGACGCACGGCCCUGGUGCCUGUUCCCUGCCUCCCCUCUCCACGCCCCCGCCCUGGCGUUCCCGGCGGCGGCGGCGGCUCCCAGCCAGGCCCCUUACCUCGUGCCAGCGUUUCCCCUGCCCACCGUGGCCGCAUGGGGGCACGGUCCGCCUUUCCCAGAUGUGCCUUCACCUUACGCGGAGACUCUCCUAACCAUUGUGCUGCCUGACCCCUCCGUGUGCCCUCUGUUGGCACCAUCGUUCUCCCCAGACCUGCAUUUGGGAGCAACAGGCCCUUCUGAAAUGCCACCCUCAGUACCAGGAGCAGCUCCAGACGUGGAACCACCGCCUCCAGUCACCACCCAGCGGGGAGCUGGGCAGAGCUGGGAGACGCAGAGCGGAGGGCGCCCGGGCCCCAGCUCCAGGGGCAGCUCGCCGCUGCAGCUGGCCUUGCUGCAGGAAGACAGGCCCCCGUCCUGCGAGUCUGCAGAGCAGCAGUGUGCUUCAGGCAGCAGCGGGAACAACAGCCAUUUCUCUGCCAGGGACCCGUCCCCACCUGGACCCGGCUCUGCGGCCUCAGGAAGCAGUGACAGCAGCGUGCGUGUCUCUGGGAGUGAGGAUGCUUCUGAAGUCGCCCCCGCUGGGCAGCAGCCUGGGGACGUGCGGGAGAGGGCCGCCUGCCCCCGCGCGGCCGAGGAGUCCGUGUGGAGCAGGAUCGCGCAGACCCCGGAGCGCGUCCUCAUGACCUACCAGGUGCCGGCGAGGGUUCCGGAAGUCGUCCUGAGGGAAGACCUGGAGAAGCUGGCCGGCAUGCGGCAGCGGCAGCCGCGGUUUUCCCCCGGGCAGCGCGCGGAGCUGGCCGGGGCGCGGGCCUGGCUGCAGCGGCAGAGCCUCCCAGCGGGAGCGGACAGCACGGCUGUGCCUCCUGCAGGGACAGAGCCUCGGGCCGAGAUGCGGGAGGAGCCUGCGGCCAGGACCCCGGAGGGCGGCAGCUGAGUGGCCGUGAGGUGCCGAGCACAGCCGCCCGGGACAUCUCGGAACCCCCGACCUUAAAUGACCGCGACGUUGUCCUUGAAC